CAGAGAGUGUGGUGUGGCUGUGGGACAGGGAACAGUGGGACCUGGCUGGACAGUACAGGUGGAUAUCAGUGGAGGGAGAAAUGUGGAGGAUGGCCUAAACUCCAGUAGGAUUUCAGAAUGAAACAGAAUAUCCUCAAUGGUGUUUUAAAUGGACAUAUCAGAUGCCAAAAUGGAAUAUACCGCUAUUUGUUGGGUGAGGGCCAGGUCACUAUUGUGAGUUUUGUUUUUUAAUUAGCCAGAACAUUGUUUCUGGGAAAGACACGAUGAAGCAAUGGGACAAUGUAUGUAGUCUGGUAGGACCUGAGCCCUGGAACCAUGCCUCAGGACUACCUGGCCUGAUGACAACAGCCUCUCACUCAAUGUGAGCAAGACAAAGGGGCUGAUAAUGGGACUAUAGGAAAAGGUGGGCUGAACAGGCCCCCAUUAUUGUCUAUGCUCAUACCAUCACGGGAACCAAAUCAUCUCCAGCUUUAUCUCCUCUCGUCCCCCCUGUAACUCUUUUCGUCAGGUCGUUGCUUUGUAAAAUAACGGUAAAUAACUUUGCAUUGGAAAUAAAUAUGAUAUCUGGUAUUGAACAUGUAUUUUUUAGGUGCGAAAAUAACUGCAACAUUCAGAACCUUUCACCCUCCAAAAUAAACACACAUUAUGAUCAAUUGUAAUGUGAUCAAAAACUUGAGGAAAAGUUGUUCAUGUUCUUGCGAAAGGGUCUCGGGUAAUGAUUAACAAUUGUUCAGCCAACCACAUCUCUGUAUUUGGAACCGCCUACCCAAGAAUGGCACUUUGAUUGGAUUGAGUUAACUUCACUCAAUUAGUGGCGCAUGUCCCGUAACCCCGGGUGAGUGGAUGUCUCACUUAAUAAGACCAAUUGAAUGAUCUAAAGUGAUGUAAACUCCCUGCAAACGGGGCACCGGGACAUGCAAAACGAACUUGACCAGCUCCUCUGUUCCUUUCUACAGCCUAAACCAAUGACGUUUUCAUAGGUGGGAGCAGUGGGGAUAACAAUCGUGGGGCGACAGUUUACUUUAGCUUCUAAACAAUAUCAACAAUUCAAAAUACAGUUACGGUUGUUCUAUCAACCAACAGUAAGCCGAGGGAUUCUCCCAUAUCUUCCUGGAGGAAGUAAUUUGUGUCGCCCUUGGAGUUAUUCCCAGCUUUCUGAAGCAGUAGGGGAUGGACGAAGUGCGGCCUACCAGCGGACCAGCAGCCCCCGCCCUGGCGUCACUCUUCCCCCCGGGUCUGCAGGCAAUCUACGGGGAAUGCAGGCGCCUCUACCCCGACCAGGCCAACCCCUUACAAGUUACAGCCAUUGUAAAAUACUGGUUGGGAGGUCCUGAUCCAUUGGACUACAUCAGUAUGUACCGUAACAUGGGCUGUGCAGCACAAGACGUACAGGAACACUGGCACUACAUCAGCUUCGGACUCAGUGACCUGUAUGGAGACAACAGAGUACAUGAGUUUACAGGCCAGGAAGGCCCCAGUGGCUUUGGCUUUGAGCUGACGUUCAGGCUGAAGAGAGAGGUGGGAGAAACAGCCCCUCCUACUUGGCCGGCUGAACUCAUGCAGGGCCUGGCCCGCUAUGUCUUCCAAUCAGAAAACACGUUUUGCAGUGGAGACCACAUAUCGUGGCACAGUCCCCUGGACAACAGUGAGUCUCGUAUCCAACACAUGCUGCUCACUGAAGACCCCCAGAUGACUCCGGUCCACACCCCCUUCGGCCUGGUCAACUUCCUGCAGAUUGUGGGUGUGUGUACAGAAGAGUUGCAGGCGGCCCAGCAGUGGAACGGCCAAGGAAUGCUGGAGCUGCUCCGAGGGGUAUAUGUUGCUGGAGGGCCCUGGUUGAUAACUGACAUGAGGAGAGGAGAGACCAUCUUUGACAUCGACCCUCAUUUACAACCGGAGCGUGUGGACCAGGGUAUAGAGACAGAGGGCUCCAACCUGAGCGGCGUGAGCGCCAAGUGUGUGUGGGAUGACCUCAGCCGACCGCCCGAGGAUGAAGAGGACAGCCGCUCAAUCUGUAUAGGAUCUCAGCCACGAAGACUGUCGGAAAAAGAUACAGAGCAGAUCAGAGAAGCCCUGAGAAAAGGAUUGGAGUUCAACACUAAAGCAGCACUACCCCCUAUCAACUCACAGAGACAAGGACAUGACAGGCCUCAGAGUCGUAAGGACAGUCUGGAGAGUGAGAGUUCAGCGGCCAUCGUUCCUCACGAGCUAGUUCGUACCAGACAACUGGAAAGUGUUCAUCUGAAAUUCAACCAGGAGUCAGGAACACUGCUGCCCCUCUGUCUCAGGGGUCGUUUGCUCCAUGGUAGACACUUCACCUAUAAGAGUAUAAAUGGAGACACAGCCAUCACCUUCGUAUCCACCGGAGUAGAGGGGGCCUUUGCUACUGAGGAACACCCGUAUGCCGCACAUGGACCCUGGCUACAGAUAUUGCUGACUGAGGAGUUUGUUGAACAGAUGCUUGGAGAUCUAUCGGAGCUCAACACUCGAGAGGAGACCAAGUUACCGAAGGAAUACAGCUGGCCAGAAAAGAAACUGAAGAUCUCGGUUCUGCCUGACUCUGUGUUUGACAGCCCUCUGCAGUGAGACUUGGACCCACUCUUCUCUACAGAAUACUCUGGACCUGUUCACUCAGACUUUAAAUGGUCAUGUUCAGUAGGUCACAUCGUUGCAAAGCAUUUCCCAACAGAAGUUCAGGUAGUACCUGUAAGUUGUCUUCCAUUUUACUGAACACAACCCGGCUCUGUUCCAUGGGCUCUGGUCUGUCUUCUAGCUCAAAGUGAGAACACCGGACCUCCACCUGAUCUCUUUCUGUCACAUCUGCCUUUGACUUGACUGUUACUGCCUUCUCCCAGCUACCAAUUUCUACUGCGUUUUUCUAACCUUGUAGAAACGCCUGGAGAUGUUCAGGAAACCUGUUUCUCCAGAUAGCUGCCUUGCUAGAUGAUACAUAGUUGCUAUGUCUUGGGAAUGGGUAAACUUUCUAGUUAGGAUAUGACAUCCCACUAGACUCAAUGUUUGUAGCACAGGCAAAAAUGCAGGGUCAGUUCAUUUAGUUCAAGGAUUCUGUUUUUUGGUUUUCUAGGGCCACAUUCCAUUUGAAGUGUUCUCUUAAAAGGCCUAUGUGUUUAUUUGUUUUAAGUGCUGGACAUUUGCUUAAUGUGUUAUAAAGUGUGUCUAUGGUCAAGCCAAAGGUGCUACCAGUUUCCCAUGAGGUUUGUAUCGGACAAGAUGUUGUGGAAUUCAGACAAUGGAACUCUAUUCAGUGUAGACCUCUGUGCAAAUCUGAAAUGGUGCCUUCUUCCCUGUAUAGUUUAUUUUGGCCAGAGCCUUAUGAGGGGUAUAUAGGGCAGGGGUCUUCAAACGGGUCCACAGCAUGCAGGCACUGCAGGGGCUGUUCAUUUAAAAAAAAAAAUGAUAAUGUUUAUUAUAAAUGGCAAGGAGAGU